CCCUUAUAUUGUCCCUUGCUCGAGUUAUACCUUCCCUUUGGAUUCAUGCAUGAUCCAUCUGUUAUCAAGCUCUACUUAAUACUAACAUCAUAAACGCUACGGAUAAUAUAUGAGAUUGCAUUUAUGAUCGGAAAAUUCUAAAAUCCUUAUGUUGGCAGCAUCGGGACGGCCACGCAAGGCCUGCAGCCAAUGUAAGGGCCAUAAGGUCCGCUGUUCGGGUGAUAAGCCGGUCUGCAGACGAUGCUCGCGCCUAAGACACGCUUGCAUCUAUAGUGCCAAGAGUGUCAAUAGUGUCAAUGUCCCUCAGGUGGACGGAACGUCGAGUUUAUUGCAAAAUGCGCGCGUAACAGAUACUCCUCCGACACCAGUAUCUACUACCACCCCUAGUCGAGAAGAAGGCCAUUCUACCUACCGAGGGAGUUAUGGAGCAGAAACCACCAGAAACAAGUACCCGAUUCCCCCAUUGCUGUUGACAUCACCCUCGCAAGAUUACAAUCUCGGGAUUCCUGAAUCGUUGGUUUCUAGCCUGAUCGAAGUAUACUACUCUGAUGUGUACAAUGCAUCUCUGCUGUUGCAUAAGCGCAUGUUCUUAGAAGCAGUAGCUGCAGGUACAGCUCGUCCUCAAGUUGUUCUGAGUGUCUGCGCGAUUGCGUCAAUUUUCCAUCUUGACUCCAAGAACCAGACUUCCCUCAAAGAACAUGGAUUCAGCACACAAUGGGCCGAGCGUGCAGGCAAGCUUGCGUUCCAAGAAGUCGAAAGCCCGAACGAAGAUAACAUUGUGGCAUUUAUAAAUCUAGCGCUUUUUUGGUACAGCCAGGGAUCCUGGCGGAGGUCUUAUAUACAUAAGGGCAAUGCUCUGCAGCUGGCACAUCUCCUAGGAUUUGGAACCGAAAGACCUGACAAGGCGGGUUCCUUGGAAUCAGAGAUCCAGCGCCGUCGCUUCUGGGCAUGUUAUCUUAUGAAUUGCCACGCACCGGAGUCUAUGUCCGUGCCAGAGAUAUCGAAGACGGCACAAAAGCUUAGACUUCCCUGGCGAGACGAAGAUUUCGAAGCUGGGUUCUGUGCGGAGCCAGGGGUCUCCCUGGAUUCUGGACAAAGCAACGAAGGUAUCUUCUGCGAAUUGGUCAAGGCCAUGACAUAUUGGCGUGCGGUUUUUAACUUGAUCAAAUCACCUGAGUCUAGCAUUAGCGCUAGAGUUUCUGACAUCCAUGCCCUCGAUGCUCAAAUAGCGGAAUGGUGGUCUAAACUUCCUACUUCUCUUCACUUGACGCCUUCUAGCAUCUCAGAAACGCCUCACAGUGUCCUGCCUAAACUCCUACUCAUCCACACCGUCCAUCACCAGUGUCUCUGUGCUCUACACUCCUCCAUCGUUCCUCUUUUUUCUUGGGGCGCAAGUGAUAACACAUGGUUGACUGCACGAAAUCUCUCAGCACAAAUAGCUUUCGAACACGCUUGCGAGGCUUCUACACUUUUCGAAGCGAUCCUUACGAAUUCCAACGAAUCUAGUGCCAUCCCAAGUUUUAUUGCAUAUGCAGCCUACUGUGGAUGCGCGAUUCAGAUUCCUUUUAUGUGGUGCUCCGAACCAUCAGUCAGGGAGAAGGCACAUGCAAACGUCAGGACGAAUAUCAGAAUGAUCCAUCUUUCGGCGAAGUACUGGAAGUUUAGCGCGUUGUUGGUAGGGUUUCUCUCUCCCAUUUUCCGCCGCAAGUCGGACAUGAUUCAGGACCGAAUGAUAACAUUCGAGUAG